AGGCGAUGAAGGGCGCGAAGGGUAGCAAUGGGGAUGUGACGAGCGCGUUCGCCCAUGUCGCCAAGCAGUACAAGUCUUUGAGCGCUGCAGAGAAAGAGGUACGUAAGCGAAUAGAGGGACGGCUAGCUGUUCAGUGACGUUCUUUACUAACGCGGGAGAACAGACCUACCAGGAGCGCGCAGCCGAGCUCGAGGCGAUGCGCCUCGUCGCUAUCAAGAAAUGGAUUAAGAGUCACAGCGCCGCUGAAAUUGGCCUUGCGAACAAGGCUCGAGCUCGUCUUAACAGACUUUACCCCACUGGAAAAGGAUCGCGCGCGAAAUACCCUGCUAUUCCCGACGAACGAUUGCCCAAGAGACCCUUGAGCGCCUGGACUAUCUACUACGGCGAACAUGCGGCCUCCCGAAGCUCUGGAUCGGUGAAGGAAAGGAUCAACACUGUUCUAAGCGAUUUCAAGCAGCUGACUUCUGCUGAGCGAAGUGUAAGUCUAGUGUUCCCACGUCACGGCCCAGUCAACUUUGAGGCGGUAUAACUAAUCAGGUGAUUGGACAGGUAUAUGACCGCAAGGCCCGAGAUUCGCGCCACGAAUUUGAGCGCGUCUACCAGGAAGUCU